CUCAAACCUCCGUCGGCAAAGAAGAGGAGCUGCUGCAACGGAAGGUUAAAUAAAGUAUGUGCUGUGUGUCCAGAUGAUGAAGAGUAAAGCAGACGAGGAAGACUACUGGAACAGCUCCAAGUUUAAAGCCUUCACCUUCGAUGAUGAAGAUGACGAGUUCAGCAGGUUAAAGGAGUCGCGGCAGGCGGUGAACAGCAUCCGGCGCCUGGUGGAGGAUGAUGAUGAUGAUGAUGACGAGGUGGUGAAGGUCAGCUGGAGCGGGGAACCUGUCGGGAGUAUCUCCUGGUCUGUCAGUGAGACAGCAGCGUCCAAUCAGAGGACAGACAGAGAGCCCGCCUUCCCCAAAAUCAGCACAGAAACAACAACGCUCAGCAAGAGUAACUCAGGGUACUCUCUGAGCUCUCUGUUCAAAGGAAAAACUAAAGGAGGGAACUUCCAGUCGUUCACUGACUCGUUCAGUGACUCGUCGGUUCGACUCUACGCUCCUGAACUCCGAAAACCCAAAUCUGAAUACAAGGAUUAUGUCAGUGAUUGGUCACCUGAGGAGACAGUCCACAGGAUGCAGCAGGGAAAGGUUGUAUCUCUGGAGAAGUUUCGGUCUCUUCAGGACAAACUGCUGCUGCUGGAUUACGCCGUCAGCGCGCACGAUGGAAACGUCAUCACUGCUGUGUUAAUUUAUUUGAAGAGGACUCUGAGUAAAGAGGUUUUGUUUCGGGAGCUGGAGUCCAGGCAGACGGCUCUGAGACACUUCAUCCACUAUCUGACUGAAACCAAAGACCAGAGGCUGCUGCUGGAGCUGCUCAGAGCUCUGGGCAGGACAGAGGACGCAGCGCUGCUGCAGUACAAAGAACACCUGACCAUUGCAGACGAAAACAAGAGGCGGGACUUCCUGAAGACCUGCAUCAGUCUUCCGUUUUCUCCGGAGGACUCUGCUCAUGUUCAGGAUCACUACACUCUGCUGGAGAGACAGAUCAUCAUCGAGGCAACCGACCGGCAGGCUGAGCGCGGAGGGAAGGUGGAAAUCUUCCAGAAGUUUCCUAGAAGAGCUUCGAUUCUCAACAUGCCGCUGAUCACCACCCUGUACUACUGCUGCUUCUAUCACUACACAGAGUCCGAGGGAACCUACAGCAGUCCACUGAACAUCCGUCAGACCUUUAAGAUGUCGGAGAAGCAGUACUUUGUGACGGCGUUGGCGGCGCGGGCGAAGCUGAAGGCGUGGUUGGACGUAGAUGCUCUAUUCACCAGCAGGAACUGGCUCGGCUUCACCAAGAAGAAGUCACCCCUCAGCUUCCAACGAGUCGUCGACAUCCUGCAGAAAAACUCUGCUCCCACACAGGUGCUGCAGGACUACGUGGCGCUGGUUGAUGAUGCGGAGCUGAGGAUCACUUUGGCUCAGAAACAUAAAUGUCACGACAUUGUCAUCAACACGUACCGGGACCUGAAGGACCGGCAGCAGUUGCUAGGAUACCGGGCGAAGGUGGAGAGAGGGUCGGCGGAGGAGAGGAAGAUUGAUGAGCUGCUCAACAACCAGCAAAUCCGGUGGAAGAACUGAACGUUUAACUAAAGACUUUUACUUUGAAAGAAAAGAGGCUGUUUCCUGUGUGAAGAGUUGAGCGUCACCGUGACAACAGGAACGUCCUGUCAGAUCACGCCCGCUUCAUCCUCAUUGGUCGCAGAGAGGAGUGUUCAGAUUGUCCCCGCCCACAGAAUUCUGGGUGGGUGGGGUUUAUAUUUCUGCUGAGUCAUCUCACAGCCAUCACAGAGUCAUUGGCGAGUCAGCGACAAGACAUCACAGAGUUAUUGCCGAGUCGUCGCUUCAACAUUCCUAAAACAAUAAAGUCAUUUAAAAAUGUGAA